CAGGCGAUGAAUGAGCCGAACCAUACAACAGUCAGUGAAAUAUUUCUUCUUGGCUUCAAAAACAUCCACAAGUUCAAAAUACUUAUUUUUAUUCUGCUCCUUGUGGUUUACUGUGUAACAAUAUGUGGAAAUCUGUUGAUCAUCACCCUGGUGUCCUACAGCAGGACCCUCCACUCUCCCAUGUACUUCUUCAUCUCCCAAUUAUCUAUGUUUGAUAUUUUGCUCAGCACAGACAUUGUCCCUAACACUCUUGCCAGUAUAAUUGCUGAAGGGUUGGUCAUGUCAUUUUCAGGUUGUAUCACCCAGUUUUAUAUCUUUGGGUGCUCCGAGUCCCUUGAGUGCUUCAUACUAGCAGCAAUGGCUUAUGAUCGGUAUCUGGCUAUCUGUAACCCUCUCCGCUACACCACAAUCAUGAAUUUUUCUUUGUUUUUGAAAAUGAUCCUGAUUUCUUGGAUGUUGGGAGCUGCAUUAAUCCUUGUAACUACAUUAUCCAUUUUUGGACUGGAAUUCUGUGGACCAAAUGUCAUUGACCAUUUCUUUUGUGAUUUUGCCCCGAUAAUACAACUAUCUUGUUCAGAAACAUCUACAGUGGAGAUGGAAGUUUUCUAUAUGAGUGUGUUUGUCAUGAUUUUACCCUUUUUUAUGACUGUGACGUCAUAUGGGUGCAUUGUGAACACCAUCCUCAACCUCUCAUCCAAUCUUCAGAGGAGUAAAGCCUUCUCCACUUGUAGUUCUCACCUAAUAAUCGUCUGCAUCUUCUAUGGGACGUUGAUCUCCAUUUACAUAAUUCCUACAAAAGGGGUUUCAUUGACUAUUAACAAGGUUGCCUCUCUGUUGUAUACUGUGAUUACACCCAUGCUGAAUCCAAUCAUAUAUAGUCUAAGAAAUAAGGACAUCAAAGACCUAAUCAGGAAGCUGCAGAACUGA